CACAAUCAACAACACUGCUAAACACUGCCGUUUACUUUCGUUAAGUACAAAAUGUGCAUGAUUUGCAUAUUAUAAGUUAAUAAAAUAUAUUCUAUAUCGACAAAUCAAUUAUUCUUGCACAUAACCUCUUUCACAAAGAAAACAACAGAAAUGUUUUCCAACAGUCAAAUAAUUGUUAAGGUGAAAAAGGCUAAGAAGGCAAGGUCCAAGAAAACACAGAAUCCCAAAAGUUAUGCAAUCAAUUCACCCACAGAUGAUAUGCAAAAGUAUUGUCUUGGAGAUUUUCAUUUAGGAAUUACAGACACAGUCUUGCCAGCAGAGUGGAAAACUUGCACAUUCCAAAUCGAGAGUUUAGACACGGUCGAUUAUUUAAUCCUGAGGUUUGACAAAGGGGUUGAAACAUAUGCAAUUGAUCUGCAGGCUGAUGCACCCUUAAUAAUAAGUAUACCACAAACAAAAGCGUUUUCAGUAAGAUUCAUCCAGCAGGAAAGAGACAUUAAAAUUGAAUUAUAUUUGAAGCAAUUGUCAACUAAUUUUAAUGGAAGAUUUAGUAAUAAAAUAAAAGAUAUUUUCCAAAUCUUAUUCAACAUUCAUGAAGUCAAUCAAUGUGAUAAUGCUGUGACAACAGAAAACCUCAGAAGUUUUUAUAAGAAAAUCCACCUAAAACAGAAGUGCUCAAAAAUACCUCAGUAUGAAGUACAAUCAGUACAUUUGAAACCAGUAUUAAGACAGUAUCAAGAGCAAGCUGUUAUGUGGAUGGUCCAUCGUGAGAAACAUGUGAAUAAUGAGGAAACUAUACAUCCCAGUUAUUUGUCUAUAUUGCUCAAAUCUGGUGAAUCCAUAUAUUAUAAUAAAUUUAAUGGGUACGUUUUGUUAGAGCAACCAGUUUGCAAACCUUUAAGCAAUAGUGGAAUAUUAGCUGAUGAAAUGGGUCUAGGGAAAACUGUUGAAGUAUUAGCUUGCAUCUUGGCCCAUCCAAAGGAACCAUACAGUGCAUCUAAAAGUGAUGUUAAAAUAUACAGAGGAAAGAAGCGUAUUUCUCGAGUUGAAAAGGACGAUGAGGUUUGCGAGAAGCGACAAAAAUUAGAAGAUUUGUACAUGUCUGGGAAAUCUGCAAAUAGAGCGGCUCUGGAAUCCUGGUAUGAUUUAGAACUGAAAAGCAUGACUGCAAGAAAGAAAGAAAAAGUCGAAGUAGUUACGUGCGUUUGUGGCGGUUCUGGUGAUAAAAAGGGUUGCGUUAAAUGCGUCGAUUGUCUUAAAAUGCAACACAAGAAAUGUAUGGGUUUUAAUGCUGAUGUUAACGAAAUUUACAGAUGUCCGCAAUGUUGGAAACAACAGCCUCUACUUAAUGCGAAAGGUACACUUAUCGUUUGUCCGAGAAAUCUAAAGGAUCAAUGGAUAAAAGAGAUUAAGAAGCACGUCGAGAGUUGCUUGACAGUUUUUAUAUAUAAUGGAUCAUCCGAACUGCCCGUCUAUCCCACUGAUUUGCUCAAUUACGAUAUUGUUCUUACAACCUAUAACGUCUUACAAAAUGAUCUUAAGCUUUCUGAAGUUUCAGAGAGCAAACCGUUGCGGAAUGCCGCAAAGUACGCAGCGCCUGGUAGUCCCAUUAUUUUGUUAAACUGGUGGCGUCUAUGUUUGGAUGAAGCCCAGAUAGUAGAAAGUUCUACUAUAAUGGUGUCCGAAAUGGCUCAAAAAAUCAGCAGCGCCUAUAGAUGGGCUGUAACAGGUACUCCAAUUUCAAAAGGAAUAUCAGAUCUCCAUGGAUUAAUCAGCUAUUUGCAAUUGGAACCAUUUUGCAAUUUCGAAACGUGGACAAAUAUAUUGUAUAAACCUUACAAGGAAGGUUGCGAUGAACCAUUAAUUGAAUUCAUCGCGAAAGUUCUUUGGAGAACGCAAAAAGAAGACGUUCUAGAUCAAAUUAAUAUACCGGAACAAAAAACAAUUACCCAUAUGCUCGAAUUCUCAGACGUUGAGCGGUAUUUUUACGACAGGGAGCAUGAAAUGAGUAGUGCUGAAUUCCUCAAGAAAUUGGCCAAUUACGAUCUGCAGUUACCUCUGAAGUCGCUUCAAAAGCACGAACUCAAAAAGUUGGUAGCACCAUUAUUAUCUCUGAGGCAAGCUUGCGCUCACCACAACGCUGUUAAAGGGAGAUACUUAGUUACCAGAAAGAAAGUUAAUUCCGUCGAGGAAUUAUUGGAUGCUUUGAUCGCUAAGAACAUCACUGAAUCAGAAGAAAACUUGAGAGUUAUCGUGUCAUCUUUGAACGGUUUGGCUGGAUUAUAUUUAUUACUCAGCAAUCCACCUCAGGCUUUAGUGGAGUAUAGAAAAGUUUUGCAGUAUUCAAACGAAUAUGAAGCGGAUGCUUCCGAUUUCCAGUUAACUGUCGAUAAUUUACAGUUAAUACACACUUUUCAUAAUUUAGCGGAUACACUGAAAACUCAUCCGCAUCUUGAGAAAUUGCCUGGUGAUGAAUUGCUAGUCUCAAAAUGCGAGAAAUUACAGUGGAAAUACGUGAAUAGAUUUGAAAAACAAACUUCUAAAAUAUGCAGUGAUAUUUCGAAUUACAUAAAUGAGAUUGAAGAACUCAAUGAAGAUGUGGAUCUGACGGCUACGGAACUAUGGAGUACAGUGCUGUUAAAUUAUUUAACGGAAAAUUCACUUUGGAACGAAGUGUUGUCGAAGAUAGUAACAUACUUAGACAAUAAUUCAUAUAAAUCCAUUACUGUUACAGAUUAUUCAUCAGUUUUGGAUUUAAUAUCUUCAUGGAUUGAUGAUGUUUCAUAUCUUCAUGACGAAGUUUCCGUUUCUUUAUUCAAGCUAUUCUACAUUGAGGAAGGAUCAGUUGCGGUUAACGAGGCGUUAGUUCAAGCAGCGGCAGAUUGUCAUUUACGCCCAGUUAAGUUAAAGAAAGGCGAGACGAAAAGCAAAUGUCCAAUUUGUAAUAUCAAUGUUGAUUUGGUUAAGUUUGAAAGAAAACUUUACGAUAUGGCUCAAAAGAAAUCAGUUCCGUAUACAACUGAAGAAGAAGCGAAUACGGGGUCUUGGAAACCGACUGCGGAAGAACACAUUUUUCGCCUAUUGUACAACUACGCCAAAACCAACAAUUUGGAUGAAGAAAUUAUAAAGGAUGCAAAAUCAAUGUUUAAAUUGCUGGCUUUGUUUAAGAAAAACUUUAAGGAAAUGCGAAAGUUCAUGCUGUAUUUCCAAAGCCAAGUCAGUGCAUUGGAUGAGGUUGCUAUGUGUAAACAAAGGCUUCAGAUUAAAUUGAGAGAUGAAGAGAGUCCCAAAGAGAAUCGCGUAAUAAGUAGUCUCUCUUACGAAAUUAAAAAUAGAUUGGAACACGUUAAUCAACUUGAUGAAUUUGAGUUGGAUUUUCAAAGGGUUUCUUUGGAGGGUGAAUAUAGACAAUACACGGCUUCGUUGGAGAAAUGUUUAGGUACAAAUAAGUAUCUAAAAACUUUGCAUCAGCGACAAAGCACCGGUCAAAAUUUGGACGCUUGUCCAAUCUGUAAAGAUCAGCUCGAAACCAAAUGGAAUAUAUUACCUUGUGGUCAUUCCUAUUGCUUGGAAUGUAUGCAGGUUAUACUGGGAAGAAACAUUUCCAAAUUCAUACAAUGCUCAGUGUGUCGACAAAAGCUGUCAAUCAAUGACAUUAAUUUCGUUGAAAUAAACAAGAACAAAACUGAAGACGAUGAUGGCAAAAUUAAAGGGAAUUGCUCAUCGAAAAUUGAAGCUGUGGUCCGGUUAAUAAUGAAGUUGAAGAAAGAGGAACCGGAUGUAAAAGUUUUGGUCUUCUCCAAUUGGUCUGUCAUUUUAGGAGUCUUGAGCGAUGUUCUAAGCUUGAACAAAGUGUCGUCGGUGAUUUUAAGCACAGCGAAUCACCAGAAAACGAUCGAUAAAUUCAAAAAUCCCGAGAAGGAGGUCACAGCUUUACUGUUGCAAAUAUCGUUAGGAGCGAAAGGCCUCAACUUGAUAGAAGCUAAGCACGUCAUAUUUGUUGAUCCCGUUUUGGAUCCCGCCAAUGAACUGCAAGCUAUAGGAAGGAUCCAUAGGAUCGGUCAAACGAAGUCAACAUUCGUUCAUCAUUUCUUGAUUAAGAACACCAUCGAGAAGAAAAUUAAAGAGUCUACAUCUGCAAAUGCAGAAGACUGGGAUGCCAAUAAAGUAACAUUACUUCAGCUGAAACAGUUAUUUGAGACAAGUAGUCCAACAGAAGCAAUAACAAUAUCAGAUUAACGUUUUUUCAGAAUAAGUUGAAAAAAAAAAUAUUAUACAAGAUAUACCACUUUUUAUGGUUUAAAUGUAAGUAUUUAUUUUUGUAAAUGUCUUAAGUUUUAAACAUUUAUUUUAACCAAAUAAUGUAAUAGAUACAACAAACAAUAUCAGUAUUUUUGUAAACACGUAACUAAAUUCCAUUUCUUGGAAA